AUGGUGAGCGUGUACCGGGGCGCCGGGCUCCCGGCCCGGCCAGACAGCGCCCGCACCCUGCGGCCGCACCGUAAGUGGCACCAGCAGCGCCACCUGCGGCGCCGCUCAGCCUGCCCACGUUGGCUGCAGACCUAUGAGGCCUUGUGUCCGAAAAUCCAUAUCUCAAACUGGCCUUGCUUGUCGCUUUGCACAGGUGUUGAUCAAGUGGGGCAGAAAUGGGUAAUUGUAUUCAACUUCUCAUCCAUUAACCCAAGGAAGGAGCUGCAGCUGGCUGAAUUAAGACUCCAUUUGUCCAGGCUGUGCUCAUUUGCUGCCUCAUCCACCUUUCCCUCAAACUGGAUGGUCCUAGAAGUCACAGAGCAGCUUUCCAAGUGGUUCAACAGUAGCAAUUCAACAAAGAAUUCAUCCAGGAGAUCUCCAGCUCAGACAAGGAGAUAUGCCACACAUUUGCCUAAAAAAGAGCGCAAGCACUGUAAAUUGAAUUCUGCUGACAAUCAGGUGCUCCUAGUGCUUUUCUCCAGUUUCUCCAAAGGAGGGAAGAGACUGGGAAGCUCAACUCUGCUGCAGACGGCUAAGAGUUCAAAGUACUUUAUGCAGGGCACAAUGCACCUGUGGAGUACCAAGACGCACAGGCACCACAAGAAGCUCCAAGAGCUGCUUUUACAGAGCCCAGAGGGAGCUGGUUCUAAGUCUUUGUGCAGAAGAGUGGACUUCCAUGUGGAUUUUGAUGGACUAGGCUAGGGCUCCUGGAUUGUAUACCCCCAAAAAUAUAAUGCUUUCUGCGGUGAAGGGGAAUGUCCCACAUCACUUGAAGAGGAAUUCCAGCCCACUAACAAUGCCUACGUGCAGAGUUUGCUGAAAUAUUAUCACCCUGAUUGUGUCCCUGCUUCGUGUUGCAGCUCACUGAGAAUGAGUCCACUCUGCAUGCUCUAUUAUGAAGAGGGACAGGUUACAAUAGGCCACAAUGAGGACAUGAUUGUAGAAGAGUGUGGCUGCUACUGAGGAAACUGCAGAGCUCUGUGCAGGCUUCAGUUCUAGAGGUAGGAGCUGGAGCCCCCUUUGCAUAUUUGCAAAGUUACCAUGAACAAGACAGCCCUAAAAUGCAGCCAUCUUAAAAGUUACACAGCAUUUUGGACAAGGGGAAAAAGGAAAUUUCCCUACUCAUACAUGGAAAGGAUGACAAGCUGUGCCAAACCCCAGUACUUUCACUUACCAAAACAACUCAAAGCAAAGUAUAUACAUGUGUGUGUGUAUAUCACUAUAACUAUUAAAAUCAGGUAGCUGAAAUGCAAAUUGCUGUACCGUCUGUGACUAGCUGUCAUGAGUUCAGGAUGAACUAUACUGGAAAUGAACUGGUAAAACAAAUGUUUUUCAUAUGACUGCACAUGCAACUUGAGUGUGUUUUCUUGUGCAGGAAUAUAAUUGCUAAUCUGUCCAGUAAAUAAAGAUGAGAACAAUGAUGUUUAAUCCUGUUUAUUCUUAGCGCAGAGUCCAGGCUAGCAGUGUAUUUUAGCACCUCGGCGGUAAGUAUCUCAUGAUGAGUGACACAACUUUUGAUCUACAAGAGAGUUCUCAAACUCUUCUAAAGCAUGGGCCAUGUUUUAAUAGUGAGAUCAUCUCAGGACACCUCUCCUCCCACUUAUGCUCACAUUAACUAUCUCAUGCUUAUCAUCCCUGAGCCUGGGGUGCUGGACUUGAGGGCACGACAGCCCCCCUUUCAAAGUAAUAAUAGCAAUUGAAUGCUUUACAAUUUUGUUCAGUGGCUUUCAGCACCUCCACUAUAAAAACUGUGCCAAUGCCCCCAUCCCUAUGGCAACCACUGCAAUUGUUUACAAGGGGAAAUAAGAAGAGAGUGUUUAUAUAUUUCUCUCUUUAGUGCAAGGUAUUCUUUUUUGAAAAAUAAUUUCUUAGUCUUCUUCCCCUUCCAUCUCCACUUUUUCUCUCUCACAUUACUCAUUUAUUUCUGCUACCUAAUCCCUCCUCUCCUACAGCACGAUUCCCUGUUGCCUUGUCAGCCUGGGGGCUAGUGUCCUGAGUAGUCAGAGCAGCACAGAGGCAGAGCUAUGGGACAGGCUCAGAAACAUGGGAAAUGCAGUGCCAACCAUGCAGCCCCCUAGGCUUCAUACCACUUAACCAUUAUGAGAAACUUAAAGAUCCAGAAGAUUUUGUUUUACACAGGGAAAAGCAGCUCCUUCAACAUUAGCAAUUCCCCUCCUCCCAUACUAUGGGGAACAGAUCCAAUCCCAAACAUGCUGCAAAGAAAGAAAAGGGGCAGCGGCACUAAGGACCCUUCUGUUUCUCUUCUGCAGCUGACAAUGCGCAGAGAAGCUUUAAUAUGGCUAAGGAGAAAGAAGUGAUUAUUUAUGGGUGCACUUAUUCAUUCCAAGGUACAAAAAUAGUAUUCCAAGUCACAUGUCCUGGUAGAGCCCCAAACCAAUAGCAACCAUUGUUCCGUACUUUACACUGGCAGUUCUCAACGAGAAGUCAUGAACAGCUAUCACAGGAUUGCAAUCACUCUUUAGUUUUCAUAAAGCUAAAUGGGAGGAUAGUCCCAGGACAGUCCUGAGAUUGUAAAGUUCAAGAACUCUUAUAAAACACUUUAUUUUCUACCCUCAUUCUACACUGAACUGUUUUGUUCUUUCUGGAGUAUUGUUCAUAUACCAAUUAAAAGGCAUCAAGGCUUAGCUGGUACUUGGACUAGUUGGCACUGUUUUAUAAAUAGGAGACAUCCUUGAAAACCAAUAAAGGAAUCAUAAGUAUUGUACAUAAAAUCAAGCAUGUGCCUAUUCAUGCCAUUUUCUUUGUUUGAAUGAUCUUUGCCUACAUUUUACCCAAAGAGUGAACAGGCACAAAGUGAAUUGUAUUUUACAUAGUUGCCAGAUUCCUUAGUUUACCAAAGGUCAUUAAGACCUAGUUUUAAGAACUAAAGUCCUCUUUCAGAAGCUAUUCUGAGCUAGUUUCUUCACCAAUACCUGUAAGACCUCUAAACCAUUCAUGAUUUAAGGCUAAGAUUGUGUCAUGGAUAUUUUUAGUAAAAUUCACAGGCAGGUCAUGGGCAAAAAAGAAAAAUUCACAGAAGCUGUGACAUGUCCAUGACUUUUACUAAAAAUAUACCUGACAAAAUGGGGAUCUGCAGAUCCUCACACCGCCUGAAGAAGGGCAGCUGUGCUGGGGCUAGGAGCUGCCUGCAACAGCUGGGAGCUGUAAGGAUUCCUCUGCCAAGGGUUGAGGGUUCCCUGGUGCCUGCUGUGGGCUGGGUUGUGGGGUUCCCCUGCCACCCAUGGCAGCUGGAGGUUCUGCAGUAGCUGGGAGCUGCAGGAUAUCCUACGACCCGCAACCACGUGGAGUUUCAGGGGCUGCCAGAGGCACCGCGCUAGAGGCGAGGGACCCUGCAACUCAAAGUCAUGGAUUCAGUUACUUCUGCAACUAAAUUGUAGCCAUAUCAUGAUCCCCCCUCAAAUAUUUUUUACUAGCUCACAAUAUUUCUCUGUCCCAUCAAACUUAACUUGAUCACUUGUCAUGUCAAAUCAAUAUGAGAGUCAUCUUUUCACCUGAGGUCCCUCAGCACUCAAGUUCUAUUUGGACUGUGGGAAUGAAUGUUCAAGGUCCAAAGCAAUUCUUUAAGAAUAUGGGUUUGUCCCAAGUCACUGGCCAACACUUCCUUCACCCCAGAGGCAGCUGUUCAUCAGGGGAUUAUGUACGUAAGCAUGAGAAGUUAGUUCCUCUUCAGGCCCAAUCAUAAAUGUAUUGCCCUACAUUGCUUCACUGUAUGUAGUAGCAUGGAUCACUGCUGCACUGACAACAGUGCAACUAAAAAAGCAUUAGUGGGCAGAGAUGCUACAAAGUUGCUACCCUCCCUUCCAAUUGUUUGCUGUGAUAUUAAGGGGAGGGAACUAGAACUUAGGGGUACAAUACCAAACUCAAGGAAUAAAUGUCUUUUCAUCCAGAGGAUGCAUUAAGUGUGAACUAUGAAUACAAAGAAAGCCUCAUUAAACUGCAACCUAUACAAGUGUGUUUUUUAGGAUUAGUGCUGCAAGUCAGGAAAUAAGAUCCAUCCAGUGUUAUUAUUCUAACCUUCUGCAGGCAAAAGCCCGGAGUUAUUUUGAGCACUUGGCUCUGCACCCUUUGCUAUGAGGUGUGAGUGACAUGAAUGAUUGGUUUAUCAUCAGCUGCUUUUGUGGUACACGAAGAGAAGUCAGUGAGCAAGGGGAUGAAAAGCCCUAGCAAGCAAAAAUGCUUAUGUUGUGAGCAUCUAAGUUAAAUGUCACCCAACAGCAGCCACUUCCUCCCACUGAUUAGGGAGUCCCGUACAAUAAUCCUCAGCUAGAAACGUGAGAUCCAUGAAGAAGGGAGGAAAAUGGACAGGAAAAUCUAGCCCCAAAAUGCCCUUCACCUUUCAUCUGGACUUUUAAAGUUUUAACCACAAAAUACUGGAAGAAUCUUUAAAGAGAACCAUAUGUAACUGCAAGCAAGAGGUCUAUUUUUUAAAGAUACUGACUUCCUCUCACCAACCAGAAACUCAUCAUAAAGAAAGUAAAAUCCAACAACAUAGUUUAAUAUAAGCAAGAUCUUUAUUGAUCUCGUAACAGCAACCAUUGGUGAGAUCUUUUUUUCCCAAACACCUGUUUGUUUCAAGGACAGUAAAAAACAAUUGUACAGAAGUUGCCUGAUGACUUUUCAGGCAGUCUCUGCUUUUCAGCUAAAAUCACGUUUAAAAUUGAAAGGGGAUUGGGUAGGAAAGGGAGAAAAGAAGAAACUGGCAAUGGGACUUUUUGAAAUUUAUAAAGGCUUUCUAAGAACCAUGAGUGUAUAAACAUGUCUCAGACACCCAUGAAUUGUCAUAAGAUUGGUACUGACCUCUAUGCUCUCCAAAGACACCUUCACAACUCGGCUAAGAGCUGUUUCACAACGAUGCAAGCAGUUUUCCUAUUCGAGGUGAAGAAAGGCACUGGGAUCACCAUCGCGCAGUGAUGCAGAUAUGGACACUGGAAGCAGGAUGGGGAAAUCACUGUUUAUUCCCAGUGUCAA